UGAAAAAUCGACUCACACUUUCUAUUGUAAACAAAAAUGUAGGUACAUAGUGUGUGUGUUGAUACGAUCAAAAGAGAGGAAGAUAGGUGAAACUAAAGAUUACUGAGGUUUAAUUCGGAAAAUAACUAUGGCAUUAAAGUUGAUCACGAAGCAACUACAAGAUUUGUACCGAGACAUUCCUGACGAGUACGGUCUGUCGGCUGGUCCACUGGAGGAUGACAUGUUACACUGGCAAGCAGCCAUACCAGGCCCGGAAAAUAGCCCGUAUGCCGGAGGAACGUUUUGUUUGCAAAUCACAUUUACAACAGAUUAUCCCUUCAAAGCACCUAAGAUUAAGUUCGGUACAGAGAUAUUUCAUCCAAACGUGGAGAAAGAUGGCAAGAUUUGUAUGGAUUUUCUACAAACGGAGUGGAAGCCGUCGUUUUCCAUUGGUUACAUCCUAAUGGCUAUCUCGUCCCUGAUGCACACACCAAACAUAGAGAACCCUGCUGACCAGGAUGUCGCCAACAUGUACCUCAAUAACCAGGAGGAGUUCGUGAGGAUAGCCACGGAGUGGACACGCACAUACGCGAUCAGGACGACACAGGAAUGCCGGCCAGUUACAGUACCAGCAGUUACUGAGGCGUUGUAACGUCCUCAGACAAUGUUAUUAAAUCAGUUUUAUGAUGGAUAAAAUUCAGGCGGAUUUAUCGUCUUUUUAUGGUCGCUUUUAAGAUUAUAUUACACAAUCUUUUUAACAUUUUGCUCAAUCGGAUGUUUUCUUUUAUCAUUAACCUUUAUAUUUACAGAACGUUAUUUUUGGUGUACAGUGCAUUUCAGAUGAGGCAAAUACACGACUUCACUUAUCGAUGUGAUACAAUGUGGAGUCUGUUCUGUGUGUAAGCAAUGUUGGUUUCCAUAUGUGUAAUAACUAAGAAAUAACGACCAAGACGGCAACGUACUUUUAACUUUUUACAACUUACUUUUUAUAUUGAUUUGUAAUAAAACUGCUAAAUCCAACCAGUUUAAGUACGGUAUCAACAUAAUGUAAAGUGUUGAGGAUAUAAAACCUACAAUUUUUAUGAUAAAAAGAUAACUGCUAUGAAGGUGUUAUUGUGUGACGUAGGAGUAUGUGUGUAGUUAUAAAGCUGAACACGGUUGUUUAUCUGGAGUGUUAGCAUUAUUGGAUCUUUACCAUUGUCCAUUAACACUAAAAGUUCGUUAGAGUCAAUAUCUACUAAUAACUGGUCAGAUUCAGUCAAAUCAAGCAAGUAAAAACGUAUGAAUUUUGUCGACAAAACAGGUUUGUUGCUACAUUAACUCUUCAUAUUGAUAAACAACGAAUUUUGCCAAAGUCGCGUGGUUUCAAACAAAACACUUGUUGAAUAAAUAACAAUGGCUCGCGCCGCAUGUGGUUCUUACAUCAGUUCAUACUCUAAACAUCUAACCAUGCAAUGUUUACAAUAAAGUUUUCAUGUUAAAUUGUCACAUGUUAAACCGAAACUCAACAGUAACGGAAAAGGGACCUGAUUUUGAAAGCAGAACAGUUGAAGAAUCAAAAUGAGAUGACCUAUGAUUCAUUCCCAACCGGGAUUGCUGUAACUUUGUAAAUUAACUACAUGUUCAUUCCGUGUGUACUUGAGACACUAUGGGAGACAAAUAUACAAUAUAUGGUAUGGUAUUCAAGAGGCAUCCAUUUAAUCAUUCACGUUAUUUAUAUAUAAAUGGGAAAGUAAUGGCUGUAAAAUAUAUAUGUAGUCUAUCUGGUGCCCACUAGGUCAGUUUAUUUUUAUUAAUGUUUUAUUUAUUUAUUCUUUCGAUAGAUUAUUAUUUUACGUUUAUGCUUACAAGUCAUGAAGUUCUUGUUUAUAUCAAGUCAUUAUGUGAUAUUUUUAGUAUACUUAUAUUGAUCUAUAUAGACGGCUUCUGUCAGUAUUAUUCCUUUUAGUGUAAACAGUAUUUACUUUUCAAAAUGACGCUUUAAUUAUUACAUAAAUUACGUGAUGGAUCAGAGGAUUUAAGAAACAUGUAAAUCUGCCUCGUCAAAAUUUUAAUUGAACUUUACAUGUAUACGUAGCUUCUACCAGGUUUCAUCUUCCUUAUUUUUACUAUUACUUUGUAAUUUAUUUAACGUUUAAUUGACGCGGAAUUGCUUUGUAGGUUUUUGUAUAAAUGUUUAUUACUACAAUAUGUGUAUACUACCUUAUGGUUUCAUAUAUAAAGAUAUAUAACGUUAUGUACUGUACUUAUAUGCAUACAUAUGCUAGUUAUAUAUUGUAUAAUAACACAAAUGUAUUUUGAUAUUAAUAAACAGUUUACUCCAUAUAUAUUGUAUAAUAAAAGUCAAAAGAUUGAAGAUAUGUUCCGAAACAUACAUCGAAAUACAAAACAUGGGAAAUGUGCCUGUAAAAACAGAUACUUAUUUUAAGAUUAGUACUUAAUUUGAACCCUGCCAAAUGAAUUCCAGCUUAAAGGUUAAGACCAACCUAGGGAACAAAAAGUGAACUAGCAAAGUCAGACACCAUGCAUGUGAGGUCAAAUAAUCGCUAGAACGACGAAAGUCUAAUUAAACCAUUGUAAGACGACGGAUCCAAAAAUAGAAAGCAUCCAAACCUAGGAAAUAAACUCUUAAACCACGGACUUAGAUAACUAAUCUAAUUCCGUGCUUAAACUGACCAGAUUUUGGUGUUUGCAUCGCCGUUAUGAUGUUGUGCCGAGUGACUUUAUUUAUGGUGUGGACCAAUGUCACGUGAUCUUAUACGCCGAAAUACGUUUGUGAUCCAUCAUUGAUAUGCUACAUACAAUCAAGUAUGCGAGGGUUAUAAACUAUUCAAAACAA